AUGGCUACUUCAGAUCAGAGCGCACAGUUCAGAGAGCCACCAGUCGGAGCCCUUCCUGAAGCCACUAGCACCUUUUCAUCGCAAUCCGAAGUCAGUGCUCAAUUUCGAGAGCCAGUCACCUCGCAUUCUUCUACCGACUCGCCCACGACAAAUGAUUCGAUCAACGAUGGCCCUGCAGAUCACAAACCCGUAAGCGAGAAGAUCAAGAAUGUAUUGAAGAAACCUUUUUCAUCUUCGUCGUCGUCGUCAUCAGGUGGUUCAAACAAGCUUGGGGAGAGGGAGAUUACGUCUCCUGAGAUGGAGGCUGCAAAAGAAGUGCUUACAGCCAAGGAUCUGAGGUCGCCAUAG